AUGGCUGACCCUCCAUUGUCUGAUGACGAAGACGUAGACAGUGUAGUCCCUUGGAUAAGUUGCGAUGGAUGUGCAUCAUGGUGCCAUAUGGUCUGCGCAAACAUACUUUCAAGUGAAGUUCCCAAUCAUUGGCUUUGUAUAAACUGCCAAGAAAUUUGGUAA